AUGGCGCCCACAAUUGAAUUGAAGGUCGAGGACGCCAAGGAGCUGCUCGAAGAAGUCUUCACGAACGCUGGAUACAAAUGCGAGGAUGCCGUGAGGAUAUCAGCCCAUCUCAUCGACGCCGAACUGCGCGGAUAUGGCGUCGCCGGAUUGUCUCGAGCAUUGUCGGUCUUGGAGUUUAUCAAGGCUGGCAUCAUUAAGGUCGGCAAGACCACGGUAGAGAGCCGGACGGCUUCAUCGGCGUCUUUGGACGGACACAAUGGUCUUGGUUAUGUUGUUGCGUAUGAGGCGACACAAUUGGCUAUCGAUAUUGCGAGGGAAAAUGGUGUCGCCGUGGUAGCGGCCAAAAAUACGGCAAGUCUCCAUUCAACUCGGAUGAUCUUCACAGGCAUGCUAUCAUACUGGGCGGAGAUGGCAACCGCAAAUGACCUGGUGGCUGUCAUCUCAUCUAGCACCAAUGCCUGUGCUUCGCCAGCUGGAACGACCCAAGCUCUGCUCGGAACGAAUCCGUUCUGUAUUGCGCUUCCCUCUUCGGACAUUCCAAUCAUCUACGAUAUCGGGACUUCAUCAUCCACAUACGGUGAGAUUCGGAUGUGCCAACGGGUACGCGAGAAGCUCCGACCAGGCAUUGCGUACGAUAAGGCUGGAAACCCGACCAUAGAUCCAGACAAAGCCAUGGAAGGCAUCUUCUCCGUCCGCGAUGGGCCAGUCGGUCUAGGAUUGUCGAUAGUAGUCCAGCUCUUGGGAGUUGCCGCUGGUGCGCCCGCACUGCCCAGCCCGGCGGACGGAUUCGGCUUCGUCAUUAUGCUCUUCAAUCCCAAACUAUUUGGAUCGGUGGAAACAUACAAGAGCCGGAUCGAUGAGUACGUCAAAGUUUUCACCAGCGCCCCUCGGAAGGAUGGUCAGGCCCCCCCGAGGAUACCUUUUGCGCGGUCGUACCAAGCACGGGAGGCGGCUGGUGAGCGAGGUACAUUUGAAGUAUAUGCACAGGUUGUUGAAGAAUUGGAAGUGUUCAGAAACGAGAAGUUUGCUGGAGCUUCAUGA